UAAAACGAACGAACGAAGGAAGUCAGUUUCUCCUGACCUUUGUUUGGGAGGUUUUCGUGGUUGUCCACCUCUACUUCCCAUUCUCCCUCCUUUCUUCAUUCUUUCCUAUCUCCCCCUUCCUCAUAAUCUUUCUUCCUCCUCUCCCCUACCAGAAAAUGACCCUAUUGUUGUCGUACUCUCUUGGAGGCGACCCACCUUCUUUCUCCUCCUAGGCCCUACCUAUAUAUAUAUAUAUAUAUAUUUCUUGCUUUCCCAUGCACUUCUGCAUGCAUGCUUUUUAUCUAGUAUUUUCCAUUCAUAUUUGAAUUGAACCCAAUUUCUGGGUUUCUAUCAUCUCUGCAAUUCCUGCUCUUUUACAAGGUUUGGUAAUUAAAUGAAAAUUUGAGAGGAAUUUUAAAUGCCCAUUUGAUUCUGGGGUUUUGAUAGGCAGAGCAGACUCUUGAAUUUGCAAUCUCUUCAACCAAGAUGAAGGGGUCUUUCAAAGCUGGAUUCAAAUAUAUCUCUAAUAUUUUUGUAGUGAAGGAGCGGGAUAUUGAGAUUGAGAUUGAGAUUGGAGACCCAACAGAUGUUAAGCAUGUUGCACAUAUUGGGUGGGAUGGCCAAACUGGUAGUGCACCUACUUGGAUGAAUGGAUUCAAGUCAGGGCCUGAUUCAACUGUGCCAUCAAUUACUAGUUCUGGUGCCGAACAUUCUCCGUGGUCUUCUCAAGAAUCGGUGCAAUCGGGACCCGAGCCAGAGUGUUGCAAUGAAGGGCCACAACCAACAACAGAGGCUCCUUCUGAAGUUCCCAAGAAACCGAAACGAAAGAAGCUCAAGUCGAGUGCUUCCACUGCAUCGAGGUCAGCCCACACAACCAAAUCGAAGACAAAGUUAGGCAACAACAAUAAUGACACUACCAAAUCGAUCAAAGUAGAAGUGGCCACAUAUUAACAACCAAAUAAACGUAUGCUCGUUCUAAACAUGUUUCAUUAACUUUCUCGAAACUCCUUCACACGAAAAA